AUGACAAAGGCACGCGUCACCGAAUUCGUCAACAUCUCCAAGGGCGACGCGCUCGCCUGGCCGGCGGUUGCACGACGCACGUACCCCUCCGCCGUCAACGCGCCGAUGGAGUCCAUCGUCACGUCGUUUGUGAAGAACUCGCUCGCGAUCAGCAACCACCUCAUCGGUGUCCUCACCGACAAGCUCGGGCUCCCUGCGGGCACGCUCGCGUCUCCGCACAAGGUCGAGGGGUUCAGCGGAUGUACGGCACGGUUCAUCAGAGCGCCGUCGUAUCCUGGGCUGGAGGGGAAGACAUUCCUGACGGUGCACACGGACUUUGGGUCCUUGUCGUUCCCGCACAACCGCCUCGGCGGCUUGCAGGUGCUCCCGCCCAGGUCUGACCAGUCGUUCUACGUCAAGCCCCUGCCCGGACACGCGAUCUGCAACGUCGGCGACGCCCCCAACAUCUUUUCUGGCGGCAUCCUACGCUCCAACAUCCAUCGUGUCGUCCCCCCUUCACGGGAGCAGGCCCAGUACGAACGCCACUCCGUCGUGUUCUUCACCUGCCCGAACGACACCAUCGAGCUGUGCGCGCUGUGA